CUUUAUACGAGGGUUUCUUAUUUGCCCGUCCGCUGUCUCCCUAGAGAGUUGUGAACUGAGCAAUCGAACGUCUCAGAGAUUCGAAUUCGCCAUAGAACUUCAAUCGAUCACGAAGCAUGGAAGGAGGAGGCGGCGGCGGCAGCGAGGAGCUCAGUAUGGAAGAGCUCGCUUCGAAUCUCUCAACAUACAGAGAACAGCUUCAACAGGUCAGGAAGCUUUUGGAUGAUGACCCUGGAAAUGUUGAAUAUGCAGACAUGGAAAAGGAGCUUGUGGAGGUGAUUGCUUUGACAGAAGAACUCUUGGCCACUGCAAAGAAAAAUGAGAGUUCUGCAAUGGAUUUGGGAACCACAGUUGAUGGCUAUGAAUCUCCUAGUCUGCACCAUGUGGUGGGUACCUCUCCGCAUGAUAUGGGACCGAGCAACAUGGCUGACCUUUCUGACAAAUUUCCUGUUGGCACCAAAGUUCAGUCUGUUUGGAGUGAAGAUGGGGAGUGGUACAAUGCGACAGUUGAGGCACUUACACCAAAUGGUUAUUUUGUUUCCUAUGAUGGGUGGGGUAAUGGGGAAGAGGUGGAUCCUGCCAAUGUUAGGCUAAUCGAAGAAGCUGAAGUCAAUGCUUUGCUGGAGGCUGAGAAGGAAGCAGAGGCUACCAGACAAGCCAUCAAGCGGAAGAUUGCACAAGCUGCUGCUUCAGAUUUCCAGUCACGAAGUUUACCUGCAAAGCUACGAAUAGAUCCUAAUGACCCUGAAGAUGUGAAAGCUACCAAACGCAAGAAGAUACAUGCUUUUAAGUCAAAGGUGCGACAGGAGCAACUUGAAGUUGCUCAAAAUAAAAAACAAAAUGCUUGGCAGCAAUUUCAGACAACCAAAGGUCGUGCCAAGAAGAUCGGUUUCUUCUCGGGGCGCAAGCGAGAGAGCAUCUUUAAGUCGCCUGAUGAUCCACAUGGGAAGGUUGGUGUGACUGGAAGUGGGAAAGGUUUGACAGAGUUUCAGAAGAGGGAAAAGCAUUUGCAUCUCAAGGGGGUAAAUGCUGAGACUGGCGAUGAUUAGAUAAUUAGUUGUUCCAGAGUUUCCUCCUGCACGUGGGUUUUUCUGUAUCAGCUUUUUUAGUAUCAUUGCACCGGCAGGAUAGGAUGGUAGGGACUACUAAAAUUGCAUAGUAAACCAUGGAAUGAUUACUCGACUUAGGAAGUAAAUUUCUAAAAUAACAAAUUAAUUUUUGGUUUC